ACCAAAUGAAAAAUAUCCUCAUGUUCAUUAAGUUUUACGCCCUGUGGUGAUAAUCACAAUAUAUCAGGGCAGAUUAUCAUCAUAAUUAUCAAAAUGUCGAGCCCAUACUCGGCUAUGUCUAGCCCAUGCUAUUCGUCUGAUGACGAUUUAUCAAGAAAGGGAACCCCUGAUCGAGUGUUUAAAGAGCCAGAAUAUCCUGUGGUAAUUGUAGACCAGAAAUAUUGUGCAAAUUACCCUGUUCAAUUAGUAUUUGAGAAGAACCGUGAGGUGGAUGAUAAGUUUAAAAUAAGCGACGAUGAUGGAAAUGUUAUAUUUCGAGCCAGAAAAAAGAAGAGUGGUUGUCGGGUUAUGGUAGAUGAAUCAGACCAACCCGUCGUUUCCUUCACAACAAAACACAUCACUAUGCAUAGAAGACGUCAAGCUUACAAGGGAGAUCACAAUGAGCACCACAGACUCUUCACCGUUAAGAAGACAAGAGGUUAUAAAUCAUUGCGAUAUGAUGUUUACAUGUCAUCUAAUAUGACCGAAAGCACGUUCAAUUACAGAGUUUAUGACAAUUUUAAGGAUGGAACAUCCAUCAUAUUUGCACAAGACAAAACCACAGUUCUUGCUCAGUUGCAUACUCAAGUUACGCGACAGAAAACAGUGAAAACAGAAGACAAGUUUUCGGUUUCUGUUUCUCCAAAUGUAGAUAAAGCUUUUGUUUCAGCACUUCUUAUUAUUCGUGAAGAGGUUAGGAAGUCAAGAUACAAAGGGUAUGAAAGCUAAGGACA